AUGAUUAAUCAGAACAUUAGAAAUCGAAUCAGGAUAAAAGAAAGCGAUAAACAAAGAGAACGAUCAAAAUCUGCACAUUCAUUUAAAAAUUCACAAUUUUAUGCCAAGUAUCUCUUCUUUGAAAACGCCAGAAGUAACCACUUUUUAUCAGACAAAACAUCCAGUACCACACUUUGUAAUCAAAAGAAAGAACUUGAUGGCGAAAGAUCAUUACACUCGGUAUACUUCAACAGUCCAAGAUAUGGAAACUUCUCUAGCAGGGAGGCCAAAGCAUCUUUACAAACAAUCAAUCUGGCGCGAGACUCAAAUAAGACCGGGUUGUUGUAUUCGAAUUCUGUCUGGCGAGGUUCUGCCCCCACCUUGAAUGAGGCAUCUAGCGAUGUUAAUGCAAAUGCUACGCCUGCUGAAAUAUUUGCGACUGGAGUGGGGAUUUUAACGCCAAAACACUCAUGUGAUGUGAAUUCUAUAAUAAAGCAGGAGCAAGCCAACCCCGUUAGCUUAGCAACAAACAAUGUGAAAAUGUCAGCAACGUCCCCAGACAAGCCAGAUCUGGCUUUAUCACUAAAAACGACUUUAGCAAAUUCACUGACAGUUUCAAGGUCUCGUAUGUCUAGUUAUAAUACGAGCAACGAAGAGGUCAUUUCUGAUUUGAAGACCAGUGUUUCAAGGCAUGACAGUGAUAUUUUGCAUAGCUCUAACUUAAAAGAAGUUACUGAUUCUUUCUCUAAAAGUCCUAACUCUACUUCGGAUGACUUGAAGCAUCCCAGUCCAUCAAACUCUGCACAUACACUGCAUACAGAAAACAAAUUACACAAGUCUUCAAAACUAGAGUCUACAUCAGAUAUCAUUCAUGGUCAAACAAUCGAGUCGCCAAAGUACUUCAAGCAGCAAUCAAAACCUGCAGAAGAUUCUGGACCCACCUCAGAAAGAAGAGUUUCAACAGCAAAGAUUACUUUAAAGCACCCACAUUUGCCUAAUCAAAAGGAAGAAAGGAGAAUCUAUGUGAUAGAAACGUGUCCGAAGCCACAACAUAAGGCACAUAAAGCAUCACCAAGACUUAAUGAAUGGCUGAAAUCUGUUAUUAAACUGCACAAUGAGCAAAAAGACAGACAAUGGUCUUAUCCUGAAGACGAGACCAUACCAUCUGAAGUCAGUUCUUUGAUAGAUGUCGCUGCUGAUUCAGACAACACGGAAUUCAAAACAGUGUCUUCUAACACCGCCCAUUUGUUAUCCCUCACAGAAAAUCCAGGCGACACAAGCCAGCCUCAGAUUCAGUGUGUAUCCAUAGGUAUAAAUACUGAUAUUUCACUCUCCAAAUACGAUCUGCACAUAGACACACACGUUGACCUCGAAAAGGACAUAGGUUGUUCACAUUUCAUCGAAACUGAAAGAGAUUUCCACGCAUGUGGAAGACUGAUUAAUAAAUAUGGAGCAGUGUGCUCUAACACGGACGCCAUCACAAAGAUCAAUAACAGAAUUCAACAUCGUCACAACACUGCCAAACAUUUUCAGACGAUAGCAGAUUACGCCGUUGACAAUAUGAAAGACAAUCGUACAGAAGGAAACCAAGUUUUGGAAUCUAGUUUAUGUAGACCACAAAUAAGUAUACACGUAACAGAUGAAGAAGAUCCGACUGUACAUGACGUCAGUUCCUUAUCGCGCCCAACUUUAAACAGUACCAACACAUCAUUUUCAUGUGAUAAUGUCAACGAGAAAAGACAAAAAGUCCUAACAGAAUCAUCACAAUAUAUGUAUACUGCCAGAGGCCCAUCUCCUCACUAUAUGUUCCCUUGUGGACACUUAACUUGGGAUGACGCUGAAAUGUCAAAUUACCUGACGUCCCCAAGAAACAGUAUAUGCAGUAACAGCAGCCUGAUGUCUUAUAAAUCAAGCAAUGCAGAUUCUGCAGUGGAUCUGGGUCCAACAGACGAUGAUCACGAUUUCGAGUAUGCAGAUUUCCUCGCCAGAUACCAAGCCCGUAGAUUCUCCCACCCUGAUAGAAGUUUAGCCUUCUCAUCCAGACCAGCUCUUGGUGAUACGUUAGCAAGUGUUUCUGUCAACAGAAGUUCUAGUGCUGAGCAUAUACCAUUUUGUGCUGGUACAGACGCUCGUGAAGAUCUUCCUCAAGUAUUAAACACGCAUGGUUACAUACAAACAUCACUACAAACGACACCCUUGACCAACAUCUCAAACUGCUCACACGAACUAUCGUCUUUGACACCAGGGCCUUAUGACAACGAUCAAGCAUCACAUUCUGAACAAUUACCAAAGAGAUCAGACACGCAGUACUUAGAUAUGCAGAAUACAGGAUUUGAUUAUUCACCAAAAGAUCCAUACAAUAUGAAUAAUAUCUUCUUGAGAUCUGGAAUCGAACCAUUAUCACCAGGAAACUCUCAUGUUGAUGAAACUAAGGAACGACAAGAAGCAUUUCAAGACAUCAGCGACAGCGCCAAAGCGGAAGAAAACACUCUGUUUGGAGUAGUUGGAAACCCUGCCUUAUUAGAGACUCCGCAUCAAGAACCAAGAAAGAAGUCACAGUUUUAUAUCAUACCAGAACUAAUAAUCAGCGACCACAGUGAUGCAAACUAUAGCAAAAUCAAUGCUAGAACCACACCGCAGGAAGAAGGCGAUGUUGAACUGCAGUUGCCAUCUAGACCGACCAGUAGUCUAUCCUCAGAAUACAGUCUGUUCGACUGCGAGGAGAGCGGUUUUGCUCGAAGUCUGUCUGUGUCGUCACUCUGCUCUAUCGCAUCCACAUGUUCUACGUGUAGUCAGAAGUCUGAAUCAUCGGAUUUGGGAACAGCUGUUAAGAAGCAAAGUUCCUGGAAGAAAAUUCGCAGCUUUAUACUGUGGUCUCCGUUUGUCCAAGUGUUCAAGAAACAUAAAUAUCCAUGGAUACAGUUGGCUGGGCACCAAGGAAAUUUUCAUGCAGGAGAGGCUGGGUCCGUGUUAAAGAAAUUGGACAAAAGAGAGCAGGCGUGUUUCCAAAAGUUGAUGACAGAUCCACUGAAGGAUUUCGUGCCUGAAUACCGAGGCAAUGUAGUGCAAGACGGUGAAAAUUACAUUCAGCUCGAGGAUCUGUUGUGUUCAUUCAACCAUCCGUGUGUGAUGGAUGUGAAAAUGGGCAUCAGGACGUACCUGGAGAAUGAGCUUCACAAGGCCAGACUGUCGCCGACGCUACGUAAAGACAUGUAUCAGAAAAUGAUAGAGAUCGACAGCGCAGCUCCCACGCCAGAAGAACGUGAACAAAAAGCGGUCACCAAGGCUCGGUACAUGCAAUGGAGGGAUGAGAUGAGUUCUUCCGUUCAGUUUGGAUUUCGUGUCGAGGGAAUUAAAAAAAGUGACGGGAAUUCCAGUAAAGAUUUUAAAAAGACUAGAACAAGAGACGACAUUGUAGAUGUCAUGAAAUCCUUUAUUGGAGCCAGUGAACAAAUUGCAGAAAAGUACAUCAAUAGACUAAAGGAGAUGAUGGCAACACAAGAGACAUCAGACUUCUUUCUAAAACACGAGAUUAUAGGCAGCUCCAUUCUGUUUGUCCACGACGCCGACGAAAACGUUGGCGUGUGGAUGAUAGACUUUGGCAAGACACAGCUGCUUCCACCGGGCUUGAAAAUUGACCAUCGCAGCACCUGGCGCGAGGGCAACCACGAGGACGGAUAUUUAUUUGGACUUGAUAAUCUCAUUUCUGUUCUGGAAGAUGUCCACAGAAGUCUUGUUCCAAGCUCGGUUUAG